UUUUCUCCCUUGCCUCUUGCUCAAAGGCUGAAGAUAUGGUUGUUGCAGCUUCCCAUAAUCCACCUGGAUUUGAACCUCAUGCCCAAAGUGUUCCUUCUGGGGUGAAUCCGAUGCAAGGAGCUCGACAUGCAGGACCUACUCCCUACAGACCCCCCAAUCUCAAUCACCCGGACCGUCAACAGCAAGGCAACUGGCCAUUUUUCUAUGUUCAACCCCCGCAACCUUAUAUGCCUUGCCAGUGGCCCAUGCCUAUGAGUUAUGUUCCUUAUGGAGGCUUUCCUGGGAUGGGUUAUGGAAUGGUGUUGCCACCCUUCCCUCCUGCCUCAUAUGUAGAAGCUCCUGGUUACAUCCUUCCCCACAACCAGUUGCACAUGGUUGACUACAGACGCAUGGUGUCGCCCCACCUUGCUCCGACGAUGGCGUAUCAGGCUCGUCGCUUCCGCUACCAGCACACACCAUCUGGUCGAGUCAUGGUCAGUUCAGAAGUUCAAACUGAGCCUGUUCAUGCUGAUUCUCACCAACAGGGCCGCAAUGCUGUGACGAGCACCCAGAGCAGCUCUGAGUCAGGAAGAAGUACGGACUCUAGCAUUUUAUCAUCGCCUAAAUCAAAUGAAGGCAAAUCCACUUGUCCUAAAAAGGGCUGCACUGUGUUGUCCAGCAGGAUGCCUGUAGAAACAGCCAGAGUUGCUACUGUUCAAAAUGGAGGGAUUCUAUUUGAAGCGGAAGAGGUAAGGAUUGAAUGUAGUGGCUCCCCUUCUGCAAUGAAAAUCACUCAUUCCAAGGAGACCACUGAGCUAGCCAGUAAUGCUGAUGGUGAGCUCUUGCAGUGUAACAUGGGAUCUGCAGAGGAUGUGGUCUUGCAGUGUUUCCAACCUGUGUCAUUUGGAAAUGAUGAGGAAAGUGAAGGUAUAAAAGAUACCAGCCACUUGGAGGACCCUUGCCCUGAUUUUCAAAUGGUUUCAUGUCCCUCAAAUGGUUCAGUAAGCACAUUAGAUGGCUCGAUUGUGGCACCGGUUGAACCAGUCAACAGUACACUGGUUGUUCAAGGGGAUCCCAGCUUGGUAAAAAGUGCGCAGGAGAUCUGUGGAAACCCCAAGAACAUUCACUUAAAAAUCUUGCGACUACCCCUUGACCUGCAGUGCUUGGAUGAGUUGCGGCAGAUGGAGGCCUCGGUCUGGUCUGUAGAGUCUUUAAUGCCUUAUGUGCCUACUUCAGAGUGGAUGAUGCAAAAUAGCCUGAUGACCUCAGGGGAUCAAUCUCUUGCCACAGUAAUGAAGGCUCCUGCAGAGAGUAAUCAACAAUUAAACCACUUGCCAGAAGAUGCAGCUUCAUGUUUGAAACCUGGAACAGUGAUUGAACUUGAUGGCCAAAACCCUAUGACUUCACUAGAAUCCCUAUCACCAUUCCUCCCAUCAGUGAGCAGACUAGCGGACUUUGGCAAUUCAUACUACAAUAAACUAUCCUCUAAUUUUCAGAAGAUCAGCAAUCCUGGUAACUGGACGAAGGGGCAACCUGAAGCCUGUAAAGAUGUCAAAAUCCAGUCUGGCCACCCAGUCAUUGCAACCCAAAGUCCCAAUGAGCCUAAGAAAUUGAAAGAUGAGACAUCCAACCAAAGGGUUAUAUCUGGAGUUGGCCUUUCUGAUCAGGAGCAUUGCCUUGCAAAUUUAUUCCCAGAUUUGCCUCUCAAACGCAAAGUGCGGAUGUGUGAAAGCUGUUUAAAACAUGGUGCAAAUGUCUGCCCUGGUAGUCCAAGCAGCAAGGCCUGCAACAUGAGAAAACACAAAGUGGUGGACAAGCUCAAGAGUCCAUUGUGUGCAACGUGCAUGUGCAAUCCUGAGAAAGCUAGGUCCUACGCGUCAACUAUUAAAGACAACCUGGAGUUGAAUAACGCAAAUAAUGAAAUGAGUGAAGUCUCAGAAAAUGUUAAUCCUCAAAAAAUCUGCUCCAAAAAGUUGUUCAAUGUUCAAAAUACCUAUUCAGGUAAACAUUCGGAGAAAUGCCCCAUGUCCUGCCAGUCCAAGUUGCGAGAGCAGAAUUGCUCCUGUGAGGAUAAGGCUUCACGCUCUACUUUGCCAUGGCACAAUAACUGCCAGCAUGGAGACCUCAACUGGGAAAGAAGGGAGGAAAACCAGGCUGUUUUGGCGAUGGAGAAAUGGAAGGAAACCGAGCAGAAUCUCAUUGGUGAGAAGUCGUGGAGAGGAAGCAGGCAGGUGUCUGAUAGCGAGAGUACCAAAAGUGGAGGAAAGAUGAGGACCCGCAAUAAACCGAAACAAUGUACACAAUCACUAGAAGUUCACAGAAGAGACACAAGAUACUGAAGACACGAUUUGCACAUUGACUGAAAAGAAAAGCGCACGUUUUAUCACGUUUUAAAUGUCACGUAUAUAUUUUUCCACUUCCUUUAAAGAAAAGCACAGCUCACUUUUAUACAGUGAUUAAAUAAAGCACUUUUGAUGUUUUC